ACUCAUCUCAAUGUCAGUGCGUAAGGUCGUUGAUCUGGACGUGUAUAGAAGGUAGAUAGUUGUUCGUUGUCCGUAACCUACCCAGGAACGUGUAUAAAGUAUAAUGUUGUAUAUUGUACGUUAGAUUUACCGGUAUAGAUUAUAUUAAUAUGGUUUCUUAUUAUUAUUCGUCAUCGUUAAAUUAAUUAUUUCAUUUCCGACGCGACAAUAAUGCAUCCGCGUGAGCCUAUUGUGUUCACUUUGAUUUGCAGAUCACUCUAACGUUCGCGGUGUGUCGAUGUUAAAGUGUAAUAUUAUUAUCUAUAUGUAUAUAAUCGUCAUCUGAGCCGUCAAUUGUCGUUGCAUUUGUUUUAUGACGUAUUGAGUGAGUUAUGGCUUGAUGUCGAAGAACCAACGUUUCAUUUCAUACAACAAAACGCUAACCGGGAAACAUUUUGAUUAGCUGUUGUGAUACUAUGCGGUACUUAUGAGUGGCGUGGAAGUUAUACCCAUCGGAGCGAUUGCAGGGGCUGCGUCGCAAGUGGCCUGGUUCCUGCCCGUUUUGGUCGCGGCUAUUGCUUAUUUCCACUAUGAAGUAAAUGACCCCGAGUCAAGGAUUAUAGACCAACCCGGCAAUUUGAUACUCGACCAAUAUGAUUUCAUUAUAGUCGGCGCUGGAUCAGCAGGUGCGGUGCUGGCGAAUAGAUUGACUGAAGUCGAAGAUUGGAGUGUAUUAUUAAUAGAAGCCGGCGGAGAUGAAACUGAAAUAUCCGACGUGCCUUUGUUGGCUGCCUACUUACAACUUACCCAGCUCGAUUGGCAAUAUAAAGCUGAACCCCAGGAUACUGCGUGUUUAGCUAUGAAAGAUCAACGUUGCAAUUGGCCCCGGGGCAAAGUCUUAGGUGGGUCCAGCGUGUUGAACUAUAUGAUGUACGUACGUGGGAACCAAAUGGACUAUGACAGCUGGUUGAAACAAGGCAAUCCGGGUUGGGGAUACAACGACGUGCUCUACUACUUUAAAAAAUCAGAAGACAACAGAAAUCCGUACCUAGCACGGACCCCGUACCAUUCGAUGGGUGGUUAUCUGACGGUGUCCGAGGCGCCAUACAAAACGCCGUUGGCCGACGCGUUUGUCAGGGCUGGGCAAGAAAUGGGCUACGAUAUCCGCGAUAUAAACGGCGAACGGCAAACAGGUUUUAUGAUACCUCAAGGGACGAUCAGAAGAGGAGCCAGAUGCAGUACGGCGAAAGCUUUCUUGAGGCCGGCUAGACUACGGAAGAACCUUCACGUGUCCAUCAACGCUCAUGUCACACGUGUGGCAAUCAAUCCCGAGACAAAAGUGGCAUUCGGCGUCGAAAUGAUCAAGGACAACACACGGCAUUUCAUCCGGGCCAACAAAGAGGUGCUUCUGUCGGCGGGUUCCAUCAGUUCUGCACAGCUGCUUAUGCUCUCGGGCAUAGGUCCCAAGAACCAUCUGACGGAAAUGGGUAUACCCGUUCUAGCCGAUUUGGAUGUCGGGAAAAAUCUUCAAGACCACGUCGGACUCGGUGGGCUCGCAUUUCUGAUUAACAAAGAGGUGUCGUUAACGCAAGAGAGAGUGGAAAACGUCCAAACUGUUCUGAACUAUGCUACGAUGGGCGAUGGGCCGUUGACGGUCAUGGGUGGUGUCGAGGGUUUGGCGUUUAUCAACACCAAAUAUGCUAAUCAAUCAGUCGACACACCGGACAUUGAGUUACACUUCGUUUCUGGUUCCACCAAUUCUGAUGGCGGUGUACAACUGUGGAAAGCUCACGGACUGAAAGAAGAGUUUUACAAAGCUGUGUAUGAACCAAUUAACAACAAAGACGUGUGGUCUGCUAUACCUAUGUUGUUGAGGCCCAAGAGCCGAGGUGAAAUACUGUUGCGAAGCACCGACCCUUCCGUGUAUCCCAGGAUCUUGCCCAACUACCUGACGGUCCAAGAGGACGUGGACACGUUGGUGGAGGGCGUCAAGUUCGUGGUGGCCAUGUCCCGGACCACAGCGUUCCGCCGGUACGGCAGUCGGCUGCACGACAUACCAUUCCCCGGUUGCGCCGCUGUGCCCCGGUUCACAGAUGCCUACUGGGAAUGCAUGGUCCGGCACUACACGGUGACCAUAUACCAUCCGGUGGGUACCGCCAAGAUGGGGCCCGAGUGGGACAAGACCGCGGUGGUGGACCCGCGGCUCCGGGUGUACGGAAUCCACGGGCUGCGUGUGGUGGACGCGUCCGUCAUGCCCACGCUGGUCAGUGCCAACACCAACGCGCCGGUUAUAAUGAUCGCCGAGAAGGCUGCGGACAUGAUCAAGGAGAAAUGGCUCGGCAGGAAACGGUGACACGACUGUGAUUGCGACACGCACGAUCGUCACGAUCAUCUAUAAUUUAUUGUUUUUUUGUUGUUUUUUUUUAACCUAGAUCUUAUGAUAAUUUAUUAUUACCGCGACGAUUUCUUUCUUUCUUAUAUUAUUAGCAUUAUAAUGAUUUAAAGAUAUUAUUAUCAUCCUGACCUGCGCAAAAUACAUUAUUUAUUUAUGUGUAUACCUAUAACGUGACAACGUUUUAAUAAUGGACAUAUUAAUUAUAUAAAACAAAAAAAUAUUAUUUAAACA